GAGAGAGAGAGAGAGAGAGAGAGAGAGAGAGAGAGAGAGAGAUAGAGAGAGAGAGAGGACUGUUUUCUACUAAGUUUGCUAAACUUUCCUCUGUGUGUUUUUCUGUUUUUAUUACGUUCAUUUCUUUUUUUUUUUUCUCAACUAAAAACAGCUAUGCCACCAAAAGCUGGAGGAGUUUUAUAUUUCUGUUUUUCUUAAAGCAAAACCCUCCUGUUUACCCAGGUUUUUCUGGAUCCCAAAAGACAGGGAAGGGAAGGGGAGGGAAACUUGGCGAACUGAUAUCAUUUCAGAUUGGGAUAAAAAAAAAAAAAGGAGUGAAGUUUGCAACCCUGUCCCGUCUCUGGAUCUCAGCUAGGAUGCCAUCAUGCUUUCCUUGAUUGCCCAUCUCCUGUAUCUCUGGCUCUCAGUCCAGGGGCUGGUGCUGGCGGCCGAGCGCUCGGCAGCCCGGGAGCGAUUCAAAGUGGUCAUCGCCCCGCUCAUCUGCAAGAGGACCUGUCUGAAAGGGCAGUGCCAGGACACCUGUGAACAGGGCACUAACACGACCCUCAUCGGAGAGAACGGCCAUUCAGGAGACACGCUCACUGGGCCUGGGUUCCGAGUUGUGGUGUGCCCUCUCACCUGCAUGAACGGAGGUCAGUGCAGCUCCCGCAGUCACUGCCUGUGCCCCCCGGAGUUCAGCGGCCGGUUCUGCCAGUACAGCCGGCAGCCCCACGGAGGGGGAGGAGCGAAGGGGGAGCAGGCAGCCAGUAAGCACCCUGUCUACACCCUGCACCUGCUCCCAGACCCCCAGAGCCCUGGGGAGCCCCCCGGGGCAGGCAGGCCACUCGCUCAGACCCACUCCAGCUUCACUGUGCCCCUGGGGCCCGGCGCAGGGGCCAGCCAGCACUCCUCAGAAGUACAGGUCCAGCACCCUGUGGUCAAUGUGCGGGUUCACCACUCCCCCGAGACCUCAGUUCAGAUCUAUCGCAUCGAUGAAGCCGAAGGGGGGCAGAGCAAGAACCCGCAGCCUAGCAACAAGCCCCUCCCCCGCGGGCAGGCCCGCCCCGCUCCACAGACUCAGAAGCCUCGUGGUCGUUGUUUCCAGGAGACCGUGCCGAAGCAGGCAUGCAGCAGUAACCCUCUCCCCGGGCUGACCAAUCAGGAGGACUGCUGUGGCAGUGUGGGGAACUCCUGGGGACAGAACAAGUGCCACAAGUGCCCCAAACUGCAGUACACUGGUGUUCAGAAGACGGGACCCAUCCUGGGAGAGUUUGGGCCCAACUGUCCUCAAGGAUACAAGAGACUGAACGCGACGCAUUGCCAAGAUAUCAACGAGUGCAGAAUGCAGGGGGUGUGUCAGAACGGAGAGUGUUUGAACACCCAGGGCAGUUUCCGCUGUGCUUGCAAGCCUGGCUUUGUGCUGGAGCGCACUCGCUGUGUGGGUGCAGAGCAGCUGGAGGAGAAGGGUCCUUGUUAUCGAACGGUGCAGUCAGACCAGUGUGACCACCCGCUCUCCGGCCAUCUCAACAAACAGCUGUGCUGCUGCAGCGUGGGGGCGGCCUGGGGCAAGGACUGCGAGAGGUGCCCUAAGGAUGGAACAGAUGCCUUCAAGGAGAUCUGCCCUGCUGGCAAAGGUUUCAGCUACUACUCGUCCCACGACCUGUCGGUGCAGAUUUACCCUGACGGCAGUGCCCACGUCUACCACAAAUCCAAAGCACUGGGGUCCGUGGACCAGGAGAUUGUUAUGCCAUCGCCCCCUGACAUGGAAGACUUUUCUGAGGAGCGUGAGGUCAUGACCCUGGCUCAGUUCACCAGUGUCACCACCAUCGGGUCACGCUACCCAGAAGUGGUAGCCAGGCCCACAUCCCCCGCUGUGAUGAAGGUACCUCCCGAACAGCAUACAAAUAGUGCAGUGGAGAUUGCACCAACUCAAAUUACAGAGAUGGACGCCUGCAAGUUGAACAGGAAUAUCUGUGGGCAUGGCGAGUGUAUGAAUGGGCAGGCAGGAUUCUUCUGCCACUGCAACACUGGCUACCGGCCUCAUGCCAUCAGCAAAUACUGCGUGGAUAUGAAUGAGUGUGAGCUGGAGCCGUGUGGCAGUGGGCGUGGCCUGUGCAUGAACACGGGCGGCUCCUACACGUGUCGCUGCAACAGCGGGUUCCGGCUGCAGAUCCACCACGGCAAGCGCACAUGCGUGGGUAAGUGAACCACACAGAGCACCUCUCACAGUGCACAACACAACACCACUGUUGGUGAUAUGUUUACAAGUCAGGGGGUUGAAUUAUGGAGACAGACUUAGUACAGAGGGUCUGGCUCUGGAGAGAGUCCUAUGAAGAUCUAACAGACUAAUCCCAGAACUAAAGGAUUGAGCAACAAAGAGGCGCUGAAGGAAUGAAUCUGUUUAGCAUGGAAGAAAUAAGAAUCAGGGGAGCCUGAUUGAUUGAAGUUGACAAACUCUAACCAAUACUUUAAGUGCAGCAUCAGGACACAGCUGGAAAU